ACUGUUUGAGGAAGUUGGUGAAUUCACCUGUUGAGCGAAAGCAUCAGAGGAAGAAGUUGGAAGCGACUUUAAUACAGCACUGAUUCACCGGGACUAAACUCCGCUCCAUGGACAAAUUGAAGAGAGUACUCAGUGGCCAGGACAGUAACGACGACACCGACGUAUUGUCAGAGGCAGUGUCCGAUGCAACAUCCUUAGGAUGGGGCACAAGAGUGAAAGGGUUCAUUGCCUGCUUCGCAAUAGGUGUGCUGUGUUCAAUACUGGGAGUCUGUUUACUGUGGUUGCCUAGGAACGGAUUAGUACUAUUUGCUGUCUUUUACACACUUGGAAAUAUUUCAGCCAUUGGAAGCACUUUGUUUCUAAUGGGACCCUUAAAGCAGAUGAAGAAAAUGGUUGACCCGACUCGAGCCAUAGCCACUGCUGUAAUGUUGGUGUCUCUGAUCUUAACACUGUGCUCUGCAUUUUGGUGGAAGAACAAGGGGCUUGCUGUGCUGUUUUGCAUCAUGCAGUUUUUCGCAUUUGCAUGGUAUAGUUUAUCCUUUAUACCAUUUGCGAGAGAUGCUGUGAAGAGUUGCUUUUCAGUCUGCUUGUCUUAAAGAUGCCUGUUUCUGCUCUGUAUAUGCAUGUGUGUAUAUGUAUAUACAUACAUGCAUACAUACAUACAUAUGUACAUACAUACAUGAAUGAAGGUGAUCUGUAGGAGGGGAGAAUGUGGUGUCCAAAGCUCUAAUCCUAAACUCUACACUAACACAGGUGGGAUAAUUUGCUUUUAUACUGUAAGAAAUCUUGGUUUAAACAGCUUUCUACCCCACACGCUCCUUCACAUGUGGGUCAAGUUAUGUUUAACAGCCUAUACUGUAUCUCACAGUGUCUUAAUAAUGUGUGCCUACUGUUUUUUUGGGGGGGGGGAAAUAAUUCUUCAAUUGUAAAAAAAAAAAAAAAAAAAAAAAAAUUAAAUAAAAAUAAAUAAAUAAAGAUUUAGCUUUGAUCAAAGCAUCAAGAAGCUCACAGGAAGCUUACACCAUACGAGAGAAAAUAUGCCUAAAAAUAAUGAUGACAAAUGUUUGGUACACAUAUUUUGAUGGUGUUGAUACUGCGGGAGUGUGCAAACCAUGUCUGCCUGGGAGAUCGAUGCAUCCAAUGUGCCAUUUAUCUCAGGAAUCCCAGCAUUAUUAAAGAAGCUGUGGUUGUCUGUAACUAAUAGAAUGCUAGCUCAAUUGCAGUAUCUUAACUGCUUCAGCAAUAACUUGCAUACAUGUGUUAAUACUGUAACUAGUUAAAGAGUUGCAAUGCCUUGUAUAGAGAUGAACAGUAAUAAUAAUACUGCAAGGGCAUACCCAAGACUGUGCCUGGUUAAGAGAUAUGCAGUGUUGAAAGAGAGUUUUAAUUUCAGUUACCUGUAGAAAAAGAAUAAUGGAUGUUGAUGCCAAUUGUAUUGAAAGUGUCCUUCUGUAUUAGAUACUGGCUUUUAUUCCAACAUUUGGAAAAUGUAAAUAUAGUGAUCCUACUAACACAUAAAGAGAAUAUUUACAUUCCAAUAUCGGUAAUUUGUUACUAAUGGAAAAACAGAUUAAGGCAUUAAGAAUGUAAAUUUACAUUAUAUGAUGUAGCCAGCUAUGCAACAUCCAUUGCGCAAAGCACUAGAUUUAUUGAGCUUUUGCUCCGGUGAAGUUUGCACCACUUUAAAAUUACAAGUUAAAACAAAGAACAGGAAAAACAGCUGCAUCAGAAGUGCCUGCAGCUUUAGGAGACAACUUUUAUAGACCAUGUUCUGCCACUUCACCCCUUUCCUCCACUACCUUCAAUUUGGCCCCAACAUUAUUUCAAACUUCAACAUGAAAUGUGCACAGAAGUGCAGUUUAAAUCUACAGUAUAAAGCAUUUUGACAGUAUGAAUUAUAAAAACAGUUACUUGAAAUUAUAUAUAUAAUAGAGAUAAGUCAACAUAAUUACAAAGUACAUUCAGUUCUGUUUUAAACCUAGGUAUUUGGCAGUGCCUUGGCAAAAAAUAUACCACUUAGUUGAUGUGGUCUUUUAUUUAAUUUAUCGUAAUACUAAUUGCCUUAAGAAUUCAUUUAAUGUCAUACACUGUAAAUGUUUAUUUUGGGGAGAAAGGAAACAUGUUAUUAUGGAUCAAAAUAAGGGACUUGUGGUUGAGUGGCUGUUUGUUUAAUUUUUUUUACCUAUUGAAAAUUGUUGUAUUUUAAAGGGAGUUGUACUGUAAUACAAAGUUCUAUACUUGAAUCCCUUCUGCUACUUUACACUGUUUGAAUACUAACGUUUGUAAUGCAUUAUAUGUUGAUGUAUCUGUUUUAGCUUUUAAAUAUACGAAAGGUUAUACAAAAAAAAAAAAAAAUACUUUGAAAAAGUUCUGUCUUUGCUGUGGUAAAAUCAAGUUUAAAACAUGAGCCAGAUUCUUUGUGAACUGUUGCAUUUUAUCCAACAAUGUCCUUUCAAAAUUACCUUGCAGAGCAAACAAUUCGUUUUCAUAAAAUCACAAAUGAGUGUAAUCUGUGUUUCAGAUAUGUCUGCUGAAAGGUUUACUACAUCAGCUGCUUGCACAGAGUGUAUUUUGUAGUUCCAUAGAAUUUCAGCAUAUAUUAAAAUAUAAAAAAUGUUGCAAAUAAUUCAGUACUAUUGAACAUUUUAUAUAAUGUAUACAUUAUACUUGGAAUGGAUAUGUGAACUAACUUCCUAUAAAUGUUAAAAAAGGUGUGUUACAUAUGACUGUUGUUCAGGUAUCUUAAUUGGCCUUCGAUUUGCUGUUAAUUUAUAAUAGGCAUUAGAAUCUGGUUAGUGAUAUUUUUAAUUUGCAUAGUUCUGCAUAGCUCUCUUAUUUCUUUACAUGUUGUUUUUUCUUUGCUUCAUUGUUUUAUCAUCAUAUAGUAGUUUUAAUUUAGUGCGCCCUGACUGAAGCUUGUUCAAUCAACAGCCAAGAUUUCAUAGGCCAAACAGGUCCAGUUUUUUCUUUCUUCUACAUUACAAGGACAGUCAAUAUAUUCACCCCCAAAAAAAAACAAAAAAAAAAAAAUGCAAAUAGGCCAUUUUGCUUAUCCCUUUCAUUUUUAUCUGAAUAGGUUGAUAUCCCACUGCUUCUUAAAUAACCAAUGAGUGCUGGAGUUACUUAAAGUUCGCUUGGUAGAUAAUUACACAUUGUGCUGCUUCCUAAUUUAGUAAGCUUUUGUAGUUCAACUUUCUUUAUACACCAGAGCAGUACAACACACAAUGCUGCUUGUUAGACAUGGACAAACGGAUAGACUUUAACCAUAAAGAAUCUUUGACAGAAGAGGAGGGGGGGAGGGCAUGUGUGCAGUGUCUGGCAUCCGCUGCCCUCUUCUUGUACCUCAAGGCUGAGAUUUGGACCUGCAUUUUCCAGCAGGACUUUUAAGAAUCUUUUCUGAACCAAGAUGAGAAAAAAUGGUAAAAUUAGAGAUGUGAACCUCACUACCACAAAAUAAGAAUUAUGAAAAAGAAAAACAUUUCGAAAUCAACUUGCAACGGGCUCUUUAAAAGGUGAAAAAAAUUAAUUUGACAGAACACUGGUUUUCUAAAGAUGUAAAAUGAUCAAUCUAUUCUCAAAGAAAAAGACCAGUGCUUUUUGUAAAACAUACUUAAAAAAAAAAAAAAAAAAAAAUAAAAAAGACCAGCAUUAAGUUUCCGAUUUUCAGUGGGCACACGCGUCCACUGUUAAUAAAACCUUAAUCUGCCUUAAGUCUUCCUAAAUCCUCUAAUCUUUGCACCCAACCUGCUGCUGAUUAAAAGACUGAUUAGGCAGCUGUGUUUGCAAUAAUUCAAUUAGUACUGAACUAUUGCUAAGAAGCAGCUCAGCCUCAAUUGAUGACAGUAGUGUAAAUGGGGAGAUAUCUGGUUUCUGCAUCACCGAAGAACAUGCAGUGCGCUUUUCUGCUUCACUUGAUUUGGAUAAUGUACAGGAGGUGGAAAUACUGAUUGGGUGUAUUUUCUUGUGGGUGUCUUCUGACUUAGGGAGCUUGCUGUUUUGUUUGUAGGAAGUGUAGGGUCCAUGUGUAUACACCAGCAAAAUAAGAAGAUUAAAUGUCAUGGGCUGGCAAUCCAGUUAAUGUCCUAGCACCCCAGAGUUUCAGAAAGGAGCUACUAGAAGUCAGCAGAUGUGCUGUAGGGGGCUUAAUUAGUGCAAUGCAAACUUUCUGACACUCUCUGUACAGUAUCUCUGUACAAAAUGCUGCCAUAUACAUUUUAAUUAUUCUUGUACAGAAAUAUUCUCCUCUCCAGUAAAAGUAAUAUCAUGCUCCUCUUCGUCUGAAUAUUCUACAUCAAUGUUAUGUUUUUGUUUCAAGCAGCUUAAUGUUUUAUAGAAAAAAAUGAUGAUUAUCUUUUUUUUGUAUAUUCAAUUGAAAAUGGUUAAAAAUUAAAUUGAACUUCAUCAGGGCUUUGUGAGUUGCUGAUAUUGGAAACCUGUAGUCCUGCCAAUGCUUGCAACAACGGAUAUGAUGUCAAAUGUUUUGGCAAAUCAAUGUUUAGUGUUUAGAUAUAGAGAGUUACAAGACAUCUACGACCAGAAGACUUUCAAGAGAGACAAACUGGGAAUGGUGGGACAGAUCUUGAGAGGUUUCCCUUGACCAAGAAGAAUAUUGCGUCCUAUGAUGUUGAAUCUUGAAGAAUAAAGGAUGAUUAAAGAUCAUUGAUUACUUUGAA